CCGGGAGGUGUUACUCCCUGGAUUGCGGUUCCUGUAUUCACGAAGUGGGUUUCUAUCUCCUUGAUCCCUGUUGCUGUUUGCUUUUGUAGGAGUUCUGCGUCCUUUGACAACUUAAGACGGGGUAGGAGGUCGAUGUUUGGAAGGUUCCACAAGAGCGUCCGCAGGGGUCUGAAGCAUUGUCAAGGUGUUGCCCCAGGAGAACUUUUGCUCGUGCCCAUUGUUUAAUCAUCAAUGAAAGGAAAGAGACAAAAGAGUAAACCACAUAAGAAGAAAUGAGCCUUUCAUUUUGUGGUAAUAACAUUUCUUCGUAUAAUAUCUACGAUGGUGUAUUACAAAAUCCCUGCUUUGUGGAUGCCCUCAACCUGGUCCCACAUGUCUUCCUGUUGUUUAUCACUUUUCCAAUAUUAUUUAUUGGGUGGGGAAGCCAAAGUUCAAAAGUCCAAAUUCAUCACAACACAUGGCUUCAUUUUCCUGGACAUAACCUGAGAUGGAUUCUUACUUUUGCGCUCCUGUUUGUGCACGUCUGUGAGAUAGCCGAAGGCAUUGUUUCAGAUUCACGGAGGGAGUCCAGGCAUCUGCACCUCUUCAUGCCUGCCGUGAUGGGAUUUGUUGCUACGACAACAUCGAUAGUCUAUUACCAUAAUAUUGAAACGUCCAACUUUCCCAAGUUACUUUUAGCCUUGUUCUUGUAUUGGGUGAUGGCUUUUAUUACAAAAACAAUAAAACUGGUCAAGUACUGGCAGUCUGGUUGGGGGGUGUCAGACCUGCGCUUCUGCAUCACGGGCAUCAUGGUCAUCUUGAAUGGGCUGCUGAUGGCAGUGGAGAUCAAUGUCAUUCGGAUCAGAAGAUACGUAUUCUUCAUGAAUCCUCAGAAAGUAAAGCCUCCCGAAGACCUCCAGGAUCUGGGCGUGAGAUUUCUUCAACCGUUUGUGAAUUUACUGUCCAAAGCCACAUACUGGUGGAUGAACACACUGAUUAUAUCUGCUCAUAAGAAGCCCAUUGAUCUGAAGGCAAUUGGGAAAUUGCCAAUAGCCAUGAGAGCAGUAACAAAUUAUGUUUGCCUGAAGGAUGCCUAUGAAGAACAAAAGAAAAAAGCAGCAGAUCAUCCAAACCGGACUCCAUCUAUAUGGCUUGCCAUGUACAGAGCUUUUGGACGGCCGAUUCUGCUUAGCAGCACAUUUCGGUAUCUGGCUGACUUACUGGGAUUUGCCGGGCCGCUCUGUAUUUCUGGAAUAGUUCAGCGUGUAAAUGAAACCCAAAAUGGAACAAAUAACACAACCGGAAUUUCAGAAAUUCUCUCAUCCAAGGAAUUUCUCGAAAAUGCUUAUGUUCUUGCAGUUCUUCUCUUCUUGGCUCUUAUUCUGCAAAGGACGUUUUUGCAGGCUUCCUACUACGUAACCAUAGAGACUGGCAUCAACCUCCGCGGAGCUCUGUUGGCCAUGAUAUACAAUAAAAUACUCAGGCUCUCUACAUCUAACUUAUCCAUGGGUGAGAUGACCCUGGGACAGAUCAACAAUUUGGUUGCCAUUGAAACCAAUCAACUCAUGUGGUUCUUGUUCCUGUGCCCCAAUCUGUGGGCCAUGCCUGUUCAGAUCAUCAUGGGAGUGAUUCUGCUCUACAAUUUACUUGGAUCCAGCGCAUUGGUUGGUGCAGCUGUCAUUGUACUCCUUGCACCAAUGCAGUACUUCAUUGCCACAAAGUUGGCAGAAGCUCAGAAGAGCACUCUUGACUACUCUACUGAAAGACUGAAAAAAACAAAUGAAAUAUUGAAAGGCAUCAAACUUCUCAAGUUGUAUGCCUGGGAGCACAUUUUCUGUAAGAGUGUAGAAGAAACACGAGUGAAAGAGCUUUCCAGUCUCAAAGCGUUUGCCCUGUACACAUCACUUUCCAUCUUCAUGAACGCAGCAAUUCCCAUAGCAGCUGUCCUUGCCACGUUUGUGACCCAUGCCUAUGCCAGCGGGAAUAACCUGCAGCCUGCUGAGGCCUUUGCUUCGCUGUCUCUGUUUCAUAUCCUGGUCACACCACUCUUCCUGCUGUCCACGGUGGUCAGAUUUGCAGUCAAAGCCAUCAUCAGUGUUCAAAAGCUCAAUGAGUUUCUCUUGAGUGAUGAAAUUGGUGAUGACAGUUGGCGAACUGGUGAAGCUUCUCUUCCUUUUGAGUCCUGUAAGAAACACACCGGAGUUCAACCGAAAACUAUAAACAGGAAGCAGCCUGGAAGAUAUCACCUGGACAGCUACGAGCAGUCCACACGACGUCUGCGUCCCAUGGAGACAGAAGAUAUUGCGAUAAAGGUUACAAAUGGCUGCUUUUCGUGGGGCAGUGGUGCAGCUACUUUAUCCAACAUAGACAUCCGGAUCCCAACAGGUCAGUUAACCAUGAUCGUGGGUCAAGUGGGAUGUGGGAAGUCCUCGCUUCUCCUUGCCAUCCUUGGUGAGAUGCAGACCCUGGAUGGGAAAGUUCACUGGAGCAAUGUAAAUGAAUCUGAGCCUUCUUUUGAAGCAACCAGAAGUAGGAACAGGUACUCAGUGGCCUAUGCAGCCCAAAAACCCUGGCUAUUAAACGCCACAGUAGAAGAAAAUAUCACCUUUGGAAGUCCUUUCAACAAACAGAGGUACAAAGCUGUCACAGAUGCCUGUUCUUUGCAACCAGAUAUUGACUUACUACCAUUUGGAGACCAAACUGAAAUUGGAGAGAGGGGCAUCAACCUGAGUGGGGGCCAGAGGCAGAGAAUCUGUGUGGCACGAGCUCUCUAUCAAAACACCAACAUUGUCUUCUUGGAUGAUCCCUUCUCUGCCCUGGACAUCCACUUAAGUGAUCACCUCAUGCAGGAGGGGAUUUUGAAAUUUCUUCAGGAUGACAAAAGGACACUCGUUCUUGUGACUCACAAAUUGCAAUACCUGACCCAUGCUGACUGGAUCAUAGCUAUGAAGGAUGGAAGCGUACUCCGAGAGGGAACUUUGAAGGACAUUCAAACCAAAGAUGUGGAGCUCUACGAACACUGGAAAACACUCAUGAACCGUCAGGAUCAGGAAUUAGAGAAGGAUAUGGAAGCCGACCAAACCACGUUAGAGAGGAAAACUCUCCGAAGAGCCAUGUAUUCAAGAGAGGCCAAAGCCCAAAUGGAGGAUGAAGAUGAAGAGGAAGAGGAGGAGGAAGAUGAAGAUGAUAACAUGUCCACUGUGAUGAGGCUCAGGACUAAAAUGCCCUGGAAAACCUGUUGGCGAUACCUCACUUCCGGCGGAUUCUUCUUGCUCUUCCUGAUGAUUUUCUCUAAGCUUCUGAAGCAUUCAGUGAUUGUGGCCAUAGACUAUUGGCUGGCCACAUGGACGUCAGAGUACAGUAUAAACAAUACUGGGAAAGCUGACCAGACCUACUAUGUGGCUGGAUUUAGCAUACUUUGUGGUGCAGGCAUUUUCCUUUGCCUUGUUACAUCUCUCACUGUAGAAUGGAUGGGUCUCACUGCGGCCAAAAACCUUCACCACAAUCUCCUCAACAAGAUAAUUCUUGGACCAAUAAGGUUUUUUGAUACCACACCUCUGGGACUGAUUCUCAAUCGAUUUUCAGCUGAUACCAACAUCAUUGAUCAGCAUAUCCCUCCAACUCUGGAAUCUCUGACUCGCUCAACACUGCUCUGCCUGUCCGCCAUUGGGAUGAUAUCCUAUGCUACUCCUGUGUUCCUGGUUGCUCUCGUGCCCCUUGGAGUUGCCUUUUAUUUUAUCCAGAAAUACUUCCGAGUUGCUUCUAAGGACCUCCAGGAACUUGAUGACAGCACCCAACUUCCACUGCUUUGUCACUUCUCAGAGACGGCUGAAGGACUCACCACCAUCAGGGCCUUCCGGCAUGAAGCCAGAUUUAAGCAACGUAUGCUGGAACUGACGGACACAAACAACAUUGCCUACUUAUUUCUCUCAGCUGCCAACAGAUGGCUGGAGGUCAGGACGGAUUAUCUGGGAGCUUGUAUUGUCCUCACUGCCUCAAUCGCAUCCAUUAGCGGGUCUUCCAAUUCUGGAUUGGUGGGCCUGGGUCUGCUGUAUGCACUCACGAUAACCAACUACCUGAACUGGGUGGUGAGGAACUUGGCUGAUCUGGAAGUCCAGAUGGGUGCAGUGAAAAAAGUGAACAGCUUCUUGACUAUGGAGUCCGAGAACUAUGAGGGCACCAUGGAUCCUUCUCAAGUUCCCGAACAUUGGCCACAAGAAGGGGAGAUCAAGAUUCAUGAUUUGUGUGUCAGAUAUGAAAAUAAUCUGAAACCUGUUCUUAAACAUGUCAAGGCUUACAUCAAACCUGGGCAAAAGGUUGGUAUAUGUGGCCGCACUGGCAGUGGCAAGUCAUCAUUAUCCCUGGCUUUCUUCAGAAUGGUUGACAUAUUUGAUGGAAAGAUUGUCAUUGAUGGGAUAGAUAUUUCCAAACUACCUUUACACACACUGAGGUCUAGACUUUCAAUCAUUCUGCAGGAUCCAAUACUAUUCAGUGGUUCUAUUAGAUUUAAUUUAGAUCCAGAGUGCAAAUGCACAGAUGACAGGCUCUGGGAAGCUCUAGAAAUUGCUCAGCUGAAGAAUAUGGUCAAGUCUCUAUCAGGAGGUCUAGAUGCAGUUGUCACUGAAGGUGGGGAGAACUUCAGCGUUGGGCAGAGACAGCUGUUCUGCCUCGCUAGGGCCUUUGUCCGCAAGAGCAGCAUUCUCAUCAUGGAUGAAGCGACGGCUUCCAUCGACAUGGCCACAGAAAACAUUUUACAGAAAGUGGUGAUGACAGCCUUUGCAGACCGCACCGUGGUCACCAUAGCUCACCGUGUCUCUUCUAUUGUGGAUGCAGACCUUGUUUUAGUCUUUUCUGAGGGUAUUUUAGUGGAGUGUGACACUGGUCCAAACUUGCUCACCCAUAAGAAUGGACUUUUUUCCACUCUGGUGAUGACCAACAAGUAGACCGCCGUGAUCUACUCUGCCAAGUAUCCCAUUCUCUGCACCGGGUUCACACCAUUCUGACAGCAGACCUGGUGAUUGUGAUGAAGCGAGGAAAUAUCCUAGAAUAUGACACGCCGGAAAGCCUCCUGGCUCGGGAGGAUGGAGUAUUUGCCUCUUUUGUUCGUGCAGACAUGUGAAGGGUUCUUAAAACGAGGCGUGCGUGUACAACCACGCUGUCAUAACCUAUUUGUGGAUUAUAUAAGCUUGACCCUCAUAAAAUAGCAUCUUAAAUAUUUACAAAUUUUGUACAAGCAAAUAAGUUGAUAUUUCUCUGUCCUAUUCUUUAAAAUGGUUUUCCAGAAGUAUUACUGUUGAAAAUGUUCAUUAUUGAUGUUUCUCUACAAUAGCAGUUGUAUUACAACAUGUAAGCUAUUCUAGGUGGUGACUCUAGGAAAAUCUGUUGCAUCUGUGUGUCCAGAUGAGGUGACUGUGCCUUCACCUGAAUCCAAAUACUUCUGAAAAGUUCCACAGAGAUGGACAAAAAUGGUUCAUGGCAUGUAGAUAAUUGGAAAACAUAGUGUUUCCUGAAAGUUAAACUUAGAACAGGAUCAAUACCCAUUAAUGCAAUCUUAAAAAUACUUUAUAAAAAUUGAACCAAUCUCCUAAAAUACUGCUGCCGUGAAAUGUUUUAUAAGGCUGCAUAGGCAUAAUGCUUGUUACAAGUUAUGCCACAUUCUCUCACAGAGAAAUGAGUUUUUCCCCAUAGUGAUAAUGAGUUAUGAUAUUUUAAACUGAUAUUUCUACAUAGCCACUAAACUGAAAAUCAUGGUUGGCUAGGGCUCAUAACUUUCGGUUACUUGAGUAAAUGUUUGUUUACAAAACUAAAUUGACUGAAUAAAGUCAAGGAUGAUGACUUUACAUAAUUAACCACUUAGUACAUUAUAUAUAUUGUUGAAGAUAAAAGUUCACCUUGAAAUAAUAUUUAAUAUAUAGGUACUUAUACUUAACCAAAUUUUGUUUGAUUAAUCAAAUCAAUUUUACUAUUUUCAAUUUUAAAUACUUAUUAUAAAUGCAUAAUGCUUUAUUAUCAAAUCACAGGGUUACUGAUAUCAUUGAAUGCAAAAAUACUUAUCUGAAAGGCUCGACUUUUUACUGUUCCUCAUGAUUCACUGAGAGUUUGCUUAGCUCCAGAUUAGAAUCCUAAGACUUGUCUGAGUAUCUGGUAUUUGAGAUCUGGGACCAUGUCGUCUUUGUGCUCCUAGCACUAAAUAUAAAUGCUCAGCCCACAGUCACCCUUCAUAAAUAUAGUUGGCUGAUCCAUGGAUUAGUUUUACUGCUAGCCAUGUACCUAUAACCGUGGGUUAUUCUCUACUGUCCUGUGUUGUGUGUAUUCUAUUUAUUCUCUAGUAUGUAUGAAUGUUUUUAUUCGACAACAAAUGUGUUUAUUCUAUACGAUAUAUGAAAACAUACUGGAUUGCUAUUACCUAAUAAAUUAC